AUGAUACUUCGAAGAAUCGGUAUUUUGUGUGAAAAAGCGAGGAAACUUGCGAUGACUUCAAUCAAUUCAAGACCUUUCACCGUCCUCGUAGAGGGCAAUAUCGGUAGUGGUAAAACAACGUUUGUGGAGCAUUUUAAACAAUUCGAGGAUAUAUCGUUGCUGACGGAACCUGUUGAAGAAUGGCGCAAUUUACGUGGAUGGAAUCUUUUGGAUUUAAUGUACAAAGAUCCCGCGAAAUGGGCUAUGACAUUUCAAUCCUACGUAGCGAUGACUAUGUUAGAGAUGCACCGUCGUCCUACGUCGACUCCCGUGAAGUUGAUGGAGCGUUCUAUAUACAGUGCGCGCUAUUGUUUUGUGGAACACAUGAGAAAAGAGGGAACCAUUCAUCCGGCCCAGUUCGCGGUUUUAGACGAAUGGUUCAGGUUCAUUGACCGAGAAAUACCCAUCGAGGUUGACCUUAUAGUAUAUUUAAGAGCGACCCCAUCAGUGGUUUAUGAGAGAAUAAGGAAGAGGGCUAGGUCGGAGGAGCAAUGUGUACCGUUGAGUUAUCUUGAGGCUCUGCAUUCAUUGCAUGAGGACUGGCUUGUGAACCGCACACAUGCUGAAUGCCCUGCACCUGUUCUCAUGAUUGAUGCAGAUUUGGAUCUAUCACAAAUAACAGAGGAGUACAAAAAGAGCGAACACCAAAUAUUGAGGCAGGCUGUGAAUGUUGUGAUGCAGUCACCGAAUAAACUAAGUCCAAAGAAACCUAUCACAAGCUCGGCUAUUAAAAUAGUACCACAAAUGAGACUUUGA